UGAGAAUACGGGGACAAGAGAGAAGACAAAGAAAAGGGAAGAAAAUGGGGGAGACGCUGGGGAAUUUGGGGUCUGUAAUGGCGACAUUGAUGUUCAUCUGGGCUAUGUUCCGGCAAUACUUCCCUUGCGACCACAUCGAAAAAUACUCCCGCAGAUUGAUGAAGUUUUUCUACCCUCACAUCGAAAUCACUUUCGAUGAAUACGGCAGAGGUCAUUUCAUGCGCCAUGAAUUCUACACCGCCAUCGAUACCUACCUCAGCUCCAAUACCGCCGACCAAGCCAACCGCCUCAAAGCCAACACCGCCAAAAACAACCAGUCACUCGUUCUCACCAUUGAUGACGGUGAAGAGGUUGAAGAUGAGUUUGAGGGAGUGAAGCUGUGGUGGACUUCAAGGACGAUCACAGCCGAAACUCAGACCUCCCGCUCCUAUGAGCAGCCGGAUGAGAAGAGGCACUACCGGCUGACUUUCCACAAGAAACACCGGGAUUUGAUCAUCAAGAAGUACCUCAGUCAAGUUUUGACACAAGGGGAGGCGAUUAAGGUCAGAACCCGGCAGCGGAAGCUUUAUACCAACAGUUGGUCGAUGUGGAGCCAUGUGGUUUUUGAUCACCCUGCAACUUUUCAAACGCUUGCCAUGGAGGCUGAUAAGAAGAGGGAGCUGAUCGAGGACUUGGUUUCUUUCAGCCAGGCUAAGGAUUUCUACGCAAGAAUUGGGAAAGCUUGGAAGCGGGGUUACCUCCUUUAUGGCCCUCCUGGGACGGGAAAAUCUACCAUGAUUGCUGCCAUGGCGAAUCUGCUGCUGUACGACGUCUAUGAUCUUGAACUGACGGCGGUCAGUGACAACACCAUGCUGAGGAAGCUGCUGAUGCAGAUUCCGAGCAAGUCCAUCACUGUGAUUGAGGACAUCGACUGCUCCCUCAACUUGACGGGUCAGAGGAAGAAGAUGAAGGAGAACAAGGCGGCCGAGGAGGAAGAGAAAGGCCCCAUUAAAAAACAAGCGAAGGUAGGAGACUCUGAUGAAGGGAAAACCAGCAAGGUGACUCUCUCCGGGCUGUUGAACUUCAUUGACGGCCUUUGGUCGGCCUCCGAGGGGGAAAGGCUGAUAGUGUUCACGACGAACUACAAGGAGAAGCUCGACCCAGCUCUGAUUCGGCGAGGAAGGAUGGACAAGCACAUCGAAUUAUCAUACUGCAGCUUUGAAUCAUUCAAGGUGCUGGCUAAGAAUUAUCUGGAGCUUGAUUCCCACCACCUGUUCGACACGAUUGAGAGGCUGUUGGGGGAAAGUAAAGUGACCCCAGCUGAUGUUGCUGAGCAUUUGAUGCCUAAGACAAGUGUGGCUGAUGUUGAAACAAGCUUGAAGAGCCUGGUUCAGGCAUUAUUGGAGAUGGCGAAGGAACAAGCAAUGUUGAAGGCCAAGGAAGAAGGCAAAGAGAAGGAGUCAUCUGCUAGGGAAGAAGAUUGACGAUCAUUGGCAAUAGAGACUAUGAUUGUGUUUAUCAUUCUGAAUUAAUUCCUGGGAAUUAUGAAAUAUUGGUCAAGUUAAUAGUUUGGUAAUUGAGGUUAAUGGGAAAUGCAUAUGGUUACCAAUUCUGAAGAUCUUUUCUAGGGCUUAAGACGUGGGUGGGGGUUGGAAGGAUAAGAGAAAUGAGAGAUGAAGAUAUUGGGAGCAAAGGAUAAGAGAAAUGAAAAGAUGAAAGUUUGUGCCUAAUGAAUAUUUUUACAAUAUGAAGAUGAAUGCUGAUCACUCGUGUUAUGGAAAUGGAAGACAUUAGUAAUA